AUGGCGGAGGAUCUAGAGCAGUUCAGGGCGAGGCUCAACGGAGCUGCAAUAUCAACCUAUAUACUCGUCAUGUUGGUCGUGCCUCUCAAGUUAUGGUGUCGGACUGCUGUAUCCGGAUGGAAGGGUCUAGGGUUGGACGACUACCUUUGUGUAUUGGCACUAGCUUGUGCCAACGUAUUCUUCUACAUUUGCAUGUGCGGCAUGUGGCCGUACCUUGCUCGACAUGCUCUCGAGGAUGUGCCGCUUCCACAGGUCAUUGACUUUCUUCGCUUUCUAUUUGCUGGUCAGUUGUUCUACGUGAUCUCUCUGGCCAUGAUCAAGUACACUAUCCUGGCAUUCUACUGGCGGCUGUUUUCGUUGCGAGCAAGAAUCCCAAUUUUCAUUGGCCUCUUUAUCGUGACGGCCUGGGCUAUAUCGAUCAUCUUCCUGGUGAUCUUUACGUGCUCGCCCAUUUCUGCACAAUGGGAUCUCACCAUUACAGAUUCGAAAUGCAUCUCCCUGGGGGUGGUGUAUAUCUCCGGGUCAACGCCCAACGUGAUUACAGACUGGUUGAUCCUGCUGGCGCCGAUCCCAUACGUGGCACGGCUACACGCACCACUUGCGCAGCGACUCGUUCUUGCAGGCAUGUUCAUGCUCGGCUGCUUUGUGGCCAUUGUUUCGAUCAUCCGCCUCACCAUUCUCGUCGGCAUCCCGCUUUCGUCGAGCGAUGUUACCUACAAUACCAAGGAAGUCAUUGUCUGGUCCACCGUCGAGAUCAAUAUCGGUCUCGUCAGCGCUUGUCUACCGUCCAUGAAACCGGCGCUGCAUCUGCUUGGAAUCGACCGCUUCGUGCCAGGCGUCGCAGGGAGCCCGAAUCAUAACCAACAGCAACAGCAGCAGCAGCAGACGCCCGGAGCCGGCGUCGGACCUUUCCCGCCCACCAUUGGCGCAGCGCCGAGCGAGAGGUCCAAAGGGCCAGGAGGGAAAAAGUCAAAGAGCAGUUUGGGCAUUGGGAGGUCACGGUCCCGCAAGACGGUCGGCGUCGGUCUCUUUUCGAGUCUCACCGGGCUGACCAAGCUGGACGACGACGAGUACGAGGAUGAUAGCUUCCAAAUGAUUGGGCAAGCGCAUGCGCGGCACGGCAAGACGGAGAUUAAUGUCGAGUCGUCGGGGCGGCGCGGUGGGGAUCAAACCAGCGACGAGGAGUCCGAAUCGGGACGGGGGCAGAAGCACCUCCAAGUCGAUGGGGGCAUUAGCGUGCAAAAGGAUUGGAGGGUCAUGAGGGACGAGAAGAGGAGGAGUCAGCGCGCGAGCCAGUGCAUUGGUUAG